CGUAUGUUUUUGGGCCUGGUUGUAAACAAUCCCACGAGUUGUUGUUCGGUUUACCGCCGGGUCUGGCAAGGGGCAUUUCAUUGGAAAGUUGUAACUUGUAAAGAUAUCACUCCACCAUGUUCCAUAUAGCUCGUGCACCUUUGUUUAGAUUACAUAAGUCACAGAGCAUCCGUGUGCUGCUGUCCUGCAAUGGCUUUUCCACCGACUCGAACACUCCCGGCGAUGGGAGCGACAAACCAAAGCCACCAAAAAAGCCCACAGCUCGACCCGCCGACGCCGACGCGAAUGAAGCCGAUGGUAGCAAAAAAUCGUCCGCAGCCCUGAACCGCCUCAACGAGCUGCUCGCCAUGAUGAACACCGAAAGCGAGCUGAAGCUCGUCAAAAAGGUCGAUCUUCCCCGUCCCAAGGGCAAGAAAUCGCAGGACAAAAAAGCAUCCUCCGACAGCGAUUCCGAUUCCGACGCGGAGGAGGAGCGCCCGAAAGAUCUCGCCCAAGCGACGCGCAAGGUGGCCAGCGCGCUCGGGGGCGACGCGAAGCGCACCGAAUCGGAACUGCUCUCGAAGCUGCUCGGUACGGCGGCACCGGCCGCCGAUGGGGAAAGCAACCUGAACGACAUCAUUACCGGCAUGGCGGUGGACAGGAAGGCACAGAAGGCGGCGCAAGCAUCGGGCGACCGUGAGCCAACGCGCAGCACGCUGGUGAAGAAAUCGAUCGACUCCAAGCGGGCCAAGCAAAGGCGCACGGAAGAGGGAGGUGCCGGCGGUGAGCAGGAGCGCUUCGGCUCGAAGGAUCGGUACGAGCGCAAGCGGUCCAGCGCGAAGCAGACGGCCCACGCCGCACCGGGCGGACCGGGCAGUGUGAAGCUGUUCGGCGAGGAACCGUUGGGCAUUUUUACCGACCAGGCCGCGCUGAAGGAAAGCCCCGACAAGCUGCGCACCUGGCAGCGGCUGAACGAGCGCGAGCUACGGCUGGCGGUCACGCAUCCGCCCGCAAACUACUUCCAAAAGAUGGCCCUCUGGACGGAGCAGGGCAAGCUGUGGAAGUUCCCGAUCGACAACGAGCAGGGGCGGGAGGCGGAAGCGACCGUCCCGUUCACCGAGCACGUGUUUCUCGAGGAGCAGCUGGAAGGGUGGUGCCCGCGCAAGGGCCCGGUCCGCCACUUUAUGGAGCUGGUGUGCGUGGGGCUGUCGAAGAACCACUACAUUACGGCGCAGGAAAAGCGCGAACACAUCGAGUGGUUCCGGGGCUACUUCGAGCAGAAGAAGGAGCUGCUGCAGGACCUGAUCGUGGCGGAAGCGGCCAGCAAGGCGAAGGAGGUUGAGAAAUAAUCAUUAAUUCCCGUAAAAUAGAAUACGUUCUAGAGAAAGUGCGUGUAGUCGUGUGCUUUACUUUUCGUCGUUUAUUUUAUUUACGGUUUAUUGAUGUUGCUUUAUUCACAGUUCUAUUGAGCGGAAGUUGUUUCGGUGAUGGGUAUACAUCGUAUAAAUGCGUGCCGGAAAAAGGGUUGAUUGUUUUGCUUGACGGUCGGUGCCACCCCACACUGGCCCCCGACCGACACGGUUUACCCCGGGGUUCACUGUCUUUUUUCAUGGUUUUAAACGUACACUAUAAAAAAUUACCUAUUUUUAAGCUAUUUAAGCUAUUUAAUGCAUUGGAUACAAUUAUAAUUUAAGCAAAAAUCAAAGGCACAAAUGGGACAAAUUGUAUGAGUAGAAAAAAAAGGUGUAAAACAAUGCACCUGAAAUGUGCACUCCCCCCCCCCCCCCC